AUGGCUUAUAUUGAAGCUUCUGAGCAAUUAGAGAAAGUAAUAAACAAGAGCGUCAAAGAAAUGUCCAUUAAUGGCGAUAAUCCACCUUCUCUAUAUCUCCUCACAGAAACCAAAUUCGGUUCCAUUAACGCUUCCGCUCCUAUGGCUCAAAUUCCAAUAAUUAACCUAAGUCUCUUCUCUGAAUCAUCUUCAUCUUCACCAACCGAAUCGAACGAACUGAACAACCUCAAAGAAUCUCUCACCUCAUGGGGCUGCUUUCAGCUAACAGAUCAUGGAAUGUCUAAAGAGUUCCUCGAGAAAGUACGCGGGAUCACGAAAGGAUUCUUCGCGAAUACUGAAGAAGAGAAGAAGAAAUCAGGUCGUCAAGCUGGAAGUGCAGAAGGAUAUGGAAUUGAUAGAGUUGUCUCAGAUAAUCAAAUCCUCGACUGGUGCGAUCGUCUCUCUCUACGGAUCUUCCCUGAAGAUCAGAGGAAAUUGAAUCUCUGGCCAAAUCAUCCAGAAAAUUUCAGGUAUUCAUUCAUCAAUUCAUCUUCCUUUCUAAGAAGCGGUUAUUAG